CUUUCUCUUGGCCUAUCCGGGACUUGCUGUUCUUUCGCGGUACCUUCUUCAAAGCAAAUGAGUUCCUUUAAAGUAUCCUUAUCGAGGCAACGCAAUCAAAAACGCCAAGCUAAAGAAUAGAGACGUGGAAGACGAGGAGAGGAAUUCUGGUUACGACGAGCAACUCAAAAACAAAAUGAGGUGUCCCGCAGACCUCACUAUUAAAGAGCUUCGCCCUCAGAAGCACAAUCCCCUUCACGUUAAACAGGAGGAGUCGGAGAUGCCGUCCAUCAAACAGGAGGAGGAGCCAGAUACCCCCAGCAUUAAUGAGGAAGAUGAAAUCCCCAAGUUUACAAUGACUGUCAGUGUGAAGAGUGAAGAAGACAAAGGUUUAAGCAACGAGAGCGGAGCAGCGAAAUCUUCGGGCGACAGCUCAUUUCAACUCCUGACAACAAAAGAAGAGGGUCGAUUGCAACCUGCCGACGUCACGGUGGAAGAACUUCACCUGGAGAAGCACGAUCCCCCCCACGUUAAACAGGAGGAGUCAGAUAAGGCGUACAUCAAACAGGAGGCAGAGCCAGAGACCCCCAGCAUUAAAGAAGAAAAACAGGAAGAGGAAAUCAUCACGUUUCCAAUGACUGUCGGUGUAAAAAGCGAAGAAGAUGAAGGUCUGAGCGGAGCAGCGAAACCUUCGAGCGACAGCUCAUUUCAACACCUGACAACGAAAGACAUCACAGUGGAAAAUCUUCACUCGGAGAAGCACGAUCGGCCCCAUGUUAACCAGGAAGAGUCGGAUAUGGUGUACAUCAAACAGGAGGCGGAGCCAGAGAACCCUAGCAUUAAAGAAGAAAAACAGGAAGAGGAAAUCCCCAAGUUUCCAAUGACUGUCAGUGUAAAAAUCAAAGAUGAAGGUCCAAGCGAAGAAAGCAGAGCAGUGAAACUAGCGAGCAGUAGCUUGUUUCAACACCUAACAACCAAAGGUGAGGGACACUCGCAACCGGAUGACCUCUUAGCACCACUCUCGGACACUGACGACGCAACGUCACUCUGUUCUGACUUUCACACCGAUGAGGAGGAUGUUGACUGGGGUCCUUCGAAAUCCCUAAAUAAGUCAUCACUGAAAAGGGACGCAGAAAAAUGCGCGGCUGGGAAACCCUCAAAGAAACACACAAGAACACACACCGGAGACGAGCCUAUUGCUUGCUCUGUUUGCGAUAAAAAAUUUGGUAUGAAGUAUCAGUUAACAAGACACGAGCGGACACACACUGGCGAGAAGCAUUUCGUCUGCUCACUUUGCGAGAAAAGAUUUUUCACGAAGCAUGACUUAACAAGACACAUGGUCACACACACAGGGGAAAAGCCAUUUGCCUGCACAGUUUGCGGUAAAAGAUACACCCAGAAGGCUUGUUUAAUUGCACACACGAGUACACACACUGGAGAGAAGCCUUUGGUCUGCUCUCUUUGCGAUAAGAAAUUUCGUUGGAAGGAAGUCGUAAUAAGACACAUGAGAACACACACUGGAGAGAAGCCUUUUGUCUGCUCUCUUUGCGAUAAAAGAUUUGUUGCGAAGCAAGCGUUAACAAAACACACGAGGACACACACCGGAGAGAAGCCUUUCGUCUGCUCCCUUUGCAAUAAAAAAUUUUGUACAAAGCAAGUGUUAACAAGACACACAAGAGCACACACUGGAGAGAAGCCUUUUGUCUGCACAUUUUGUGGUAAAAGAUUCGCAGAGAAGAGAGAUUUAAGGAAACACACAAGUACAUAUACCGGAGACGAGCCUCUCAUCUGCUCCCAUUGUGAUAAAAGAUUUUGUACAAAGCAUGAUUUAACAACGCACACGACGACGCACGGAGAGAAGCCUUUCAUCUGCUCUCUUUGCAAUAAAAAAUUUUGGACAAAUCAAGCGUUAACAAAACACACGAGAACACACAGUGGAGAGAAGCCUUUUGCUUGCUCUCUUUGCGAUAAAAGAUUUAGAAGGAGCUAUCAGAUGACAAGACACAAGAGGACACAUACUGGAGAGAAGCCUUUCGUCUGCUCUCUUUGCGAGAAAAAAUUUUGUUCGAAGCAAGCGUUAAAAAGUCACACUCGUACACAUUAGGUAAAAGGUUCACACGGAAGCGAAAAUUAAACGAUUACGCAAGAACACACACCAAGGAGAAACCUUUCAUUUGCACCGUGUGCUAGAAAACCCUUCUAUUAAAGGGAACUGCAGACAACUUGAAAUUCUUAAACGAUAACCUUUAGCAGUGUUGUUAAUAACGGCAUUAGAAUAUAACUGCGUUACUAACGGCGUUAUUUUUUUCAGAAAUGAGUAAUCUAAUUAAUUUUCUCAUCUUUGCAACGCCGGUACCGUUACUGAGGCGGGAAAGGCAUGCGUUACUAUGCGUUACUAAGUUGGUUGAAUAAAAAAAGUCUGAGAGAGACGGACUCACGAGACGAGAGAGCAGAGCAGGAGUGGGGAAGACGCCGUUGCAAACGCGAUGCUAGGUGGCUCCAAUAAUACCUGACUGUAGCCAUAGCCUACAAACUACGCCCAUGUGAUACAGUAGAGAUCACAUAUUAUAGAACUAGAUGCAAAUGACAGACACGGCUGCAUUGGUAACAUGUUUUAAGGACUACAUGCGUUAGUAAACAGCCGCCAUCUUAAAGCAGUUAUCAGGAAGGCUCUGUUGUAAAGAUCCUUCCUAGUAGAGCUGGGAAUCUUUGCGCACCUAACGAUUCAAUUAAGAUUACGAUUCAGAGGCUCCGAUUCGAUUAUAAAUCGAUUAUUGGUGCACCCCACCACACUUUUAAUGUUUUGUACACUAGUUCCAAAAUUGUUCAAAAAUCCUCUCAGGCUAAACCAAACUAUUUUAGUAUCAAAUUAACAGCUAAAAACAGUAAAUAAAAUACUCAAGUCCCCAUUCUGUAUCAAAAAAUUAAUUUAAUGUGGUGAAUCAACCGUUAAAGUUGUUAAAAUUGUUCCUGUUAUUCCAUAAUUUCCCAUCUGUCUACUUUCGACAUGUGAAAGUUUUAAAACUGUUUCGUCAUUUAAAGAUAGAUUCAAGUCAAGAUUUUGCCGAUUUAGGGAUAUUUUAGAUAAAAAGUAAUUAGGUUCGCUACAAAUGAGCCUUCUAAGUCUACUGCUUUAAGAUGGCAGCAAGUCUGUCAUUUCGAAUUUAGUUCUUUGUAUAUGUUCCAACACUGUCGUUACUGUCAUUUCACAUCUAGUUCUACAAUAUGUGAGAUCUACCAUAGCCAUAUGUUGCCGUAUGUUUGUAGCAACCAGCAACCGGUCGCUGUUUGUAGCGGCUGUCGGCCGCAGCCAGGUACAAUUGUUUUUUGUUUGUUUUUUAACUAGCGGCAUGAGUUGAACAAGAUAUUUACUCUCGGUCCGUUCCUCAUUGCGUCCUGAAGACCGCACUGACUGUGUUUUAUUUCUGCGUUACCUAGUAUAAUUCAGUAAUCGGAAUUUGGAUGUUUAUGAAUCGUUCUCGAAUCUUUCACGGCCGAAUCGCGAAUAAUCUAUAAAUCGGAAAUUUCGCAUGCCUCUACUUCCUAGCGAACCUAACUUUUUUUAUUUUUAUUUAUUUAUUUAUUUUUUUAUCUAAAAUGCUCCUAAGUCGACAAAAUCUUGACUUAAAUCUAUCUUUAAAUGAUGAAACAAUUUUAAAACUUACACAUGUUGAAAGUAGACAGAAGGGAACUAAUGCAAUAACGGGAGCAAUUUUAACAACUUUAACAGUUGAUCUAUCUACCGGUAGUUAUCACAGUACCCUUGUGUCUAGUUAAGUGGAGUGUAAAGAAUUGGGCUAGGGCCAAUUGUCCCCAAAACCCUUUAAACUUCACAUUGUGUGACAUGUUUUUUUUUUCUCAAAAAAAAAAAAAACAUGAAAAUUAUCAUUAGUUACUUUGCCAAGUAACUAAUUACUCUUACAUUCAGGUAACUGAGUUACUAACGCAAUUAUUUUUUGGGAGAAGUAAUUUGUAACUGUAAUUACUUUUUUAAAGUAAAAUUAACAACACUGACUGUUAGUAUGAGUUACUAAGUCUGAGCGACACUGCUCCACUUCCACAGUGUCACUCGUUAGAUCCAUAAACAUGUCAUCGGUUCUGCCCUUCCAAUUUGAACACGAGCGGAAAAGUGUUGAGCAGGACAGCACUGUCGAUAUUUCACAAAACGAGCAGCAAAAGCAAUUCAAUGAAUGUCUCCUGUGGGAUCCGAACCCUCAUUUCCCGUGUGAUGGACGAGCUCGUAGACCACAGGACUAUACUUCCGCGUGACGUUUGUCAUGAUGUUCCUUAUAAAGCAAUCGUAACCCACAUGCGUUGACUGUAUGCGCGGUAAAACCUGAAAGGGGAACUCAACUGAAAAGAAGGGCGGCUAGCUUUGAUCACGGAAUUCAAAAAGGUGGCUAACUUCAGACAGCAUGCAGACAACAAGAACAUAGGGAUUGCGUAAAACGGUUUAUUGAAUACAUAAACAAGUGAAGGCGAAAAGUGUGACGCAAAAUGGAUCCGUAACAGGAGUUAGGGAUUAAUUAAAAAUUAAAACAAAAACAAAGGGGCGAAACGGCAAUGAGAGGCAGAGAAACGAAAAAUAAAAAAACAAGGCAAUGAUGUAACUACCAACGAAUAUAUACAUUCGCCGGCCACUUUAUUAGGUACACCAUGCUAGUAACGGGUUGGACCCCCUUUUGCCUUCAGAUAUGCCUCAAUUCUUCGUGGCAUAGAUUCAACAAGGUGCUGGAAGCAUUCCUCAGAGAGUGUGGUCUAUAUUGACAUGAUGGCAUCACACAGUUGGUGCAGAUUUGUCGGCUGCACAUCCAUGAUGCGAAUCUCCCGUUCCACCACAUCCCAAAGAUGCUCUAUUGAAUAAAGAGCUGGUGACUUUGGAGGCCAUUUGAGUACAGUGAACUCAUUGUCAUGUUCAAGUAACCAGUCUGAGAUGAUUCCAGCUUUAUGACAUGGCAUAUCCUGCUGAAAGUAGCCAUCAGAAGUUGGGUACAUUGUGGUCUUAAAGGGAUGGACAUAGUCGGCAACAAUACUCAGGUAGGCUGUGGCGUUCCAACGAUGCUCAAUUGGUACCAAGCGGCCCAAAGAGUGCCAAGAAAAUAUUCCCCACACCAUUAUACCACCACCACCAGCCUGAACCCUUGAUACAAGGCAGGAUGGAUCCAUGGUUUCAUGUCGUUGACGCCAAAUUCUGACCCUACCAUCCGAAUGUCGCAGCAGAAAUCGAAACUCAUCAGACCAGGCAACGUUUUUCCAAUCUUCUAUUGUCCAAUUUCGAUGAGCGUGCGCAAAUUGUAGCCGCAGUUUCCUCUUCUUAGCUGAAAGGAGUGGCACCCGGCGUGGUCCUCUGCUGCUGUAGCCCAUCUGCCUCAAAGUUCGACGUACUGUGCGUUCAGAGAUGCUCUUCUGCCUACCUUGGUUGUAACUGGUGGUUAUUUGAGUCACUGUUGCCUUUCUAUCAGCUCGAACCAGUCUGGCCAUUCUCCUCUGGCAUCUACAAGGCAGAACUGCCGCUCACUAGAUAUUUUUUCUUUUUCGGACCAUUCUCUGUAAACACUAGAGAUGGUUGUGCGUGAAAAUCCCAGUAGAUCAGCAGUUUCUAAAAUACUCAGACCAGCCCUUCUGGCACCAACAACCAUGCCACGUUCAAAGUCACUCAAAUCACCUUUCUUCCACAUACUGAUGCACGGUUUGAACUGCAGGAGAUUGUCUUAAACCAUGUCUACAUGCCUAAAUUCACUGAGUUGCCGCCAUGUGAUUGGCUGAUUAGAAAUUAAGUGUUAACGAGCAGUUGGACAGGUGUACCUUAUAAAGUGGCCGGUGAGUGUAUAAAAACUGUCAAAUGGCAGCUAGUCUAUAUCUCGGCAAGCCGCCUAGGAUUGGUAUAAAGACACUGCUGAUGAGCUGGAAUUGUAUGCAGGUAAGACGUUUAGAACCCAUCCUACUGCUCUGUAACAGUACAAUCUGACCAGCAGUAGAACAUGAUAAAAUCAUGCCAGUCGUCAUACUAGCGUCGCUUGCCAAUAGCACAGCUAUUCUCUCAGUCCAGUCCAAUCGCGUCAUCGCCCCUAGCGGGCAUUGCGCGUGUAAAACAUUGCGCCCUCCAAAGAUCAAAACAUGUUAGAGGUGUGCAAAAUUUCCGAUUCUUAGAUUAUUCGCGACUCGGCCGUGGAAGAUUCGAGAACGAUUCACAAACAUCCAAAUUCCGAUUAUUAAAAUAUGCGAAGUAAAGCGGUCUUGGGGACGGAACGGAACGAGAGUAGCUAAACAUCAUGCUUCCCAUUACCCGGCCCCUCGGGUAAUGCCAAUGCUCAACUCACGGCUCUAGCUCAACUCAUGCAACGAGAUAUAAAAACAACAACAACAUACCUGACUGCUGCCGAAAAGCUGCUUCAAAGUACAGUGGUACCUCUACAUACGAUCGCUUCGACACACGAACCUUUCGACAUCCGACGUAAAAUUUGACUCGCCAUUUGUUUCUACAUCCGACGACAUGCUCGAAAUACGACGACAAUGGCAGCACCGCAGACGAAUGCACGGCGAAUUUUCUUGUGUGACAAAUCAACACUGGUUUCAGAAAAGGUUGGUAAAGGUGGUGAAACAAGGAAAAAGUUGACGCUUACCUUCUAAAUGAAGAUGCAAAUGACAGAAAAAUAUGAGCGUAGGGUGGGCAUCCGUGAAAUGGCUCAACAAUACAUCUCCACGGUCCUCCUCCGACCAUCGUUCGCCAGUCUUUAUAAGUUAAGCUGACAAUUCUUAUUGUGGUAAUAUCUCCAGAGAAAUCGCCAACUUCGCCACGUUUUUAUCAUUUAUUUCACAACUUAUUCAAAACAAAAACACCUUCUGUCUGCCGCAAUUGACGGUGUUCUCAAGAAAACAUUCAAAGUGAAAGUGAAACUCAAGCUCACCGGUCUGUCUCUGGCACGUCAGCCCCGCGGUGCGUUCAGGGUCAGCAAAAAACGUCCGCCACAUUAGAACCCGAUUCGUUACAUUAAUACAGGAAUUAUUAUUAUUAUUAUUAUUCCGAUUUUGAUUUAUAAUUUAUUUGUUUUGCUAUGUGUAAUUGCCAUUUGUAAUAGUACCAGCAGUAUUUUUUAAGGAUUUAGUGAAGGUUUUUGGGCUGUGGAACGAAUUAAUGGAAUUAUAAUGUAUUCCUAUGGGAAAAUCCUGCUCGACAUACGACCAUUUCGACUUACAAACAAGGUCCUGGAACGGAUUAACUUCGUAUGUAGAGGUACCACUGUACAUCCAUAUAAUGUUACGGUGGAUAUCAUUUAUAUAGGACUAGAUGCAAUAUAGAUUUGGUAGUGUUAGCAGCACAUCUACAAAAAGCUAGAUACGGGCGUUAUAAACGGCCGCCAUCUUAAAGCAGUACACUUCCCUGCAAGGCUGUUGUAGCGAACCUUCCAAGCAAACCUAAAUAACUUUUUAUCUAAAAUACUCCUAAAUCUUUAAAAUAGUUUUAAAACUUUCACAUGUCGAAAGUAGACAAAAGGGAAAUUAUGGAAUAACGGGAGCAAUCUUAACAAAUUUAACAGUUGAUUCACAACAUUAAAUUAAUUGAAUGUAGUUUAAAGCUGCUGAUACAGAAUGGGGACUGGAGUUUUUUAUUUAAUGUUAUUUUUGUAUAUUUGUUUACUGCAAUAUGUUAACUUGAUACUGAAAUAGUAGUGUGGUUUAGCCUGAGAGUAUUU